GGAGAUCGGAGUCGCUACCAGCUGCUCGAGGAGAUCGAAUGCCCUAGUGAACUUAUCGAAGUUGAUGACGAUACAGCAUUUCCGCCUUUGAACACGAGUUUAGUACUCGAGAAAUCGCGAAUCGGAGUAGAACGUCUUCCGAUCGUGGAUGACGAUUUAUCCACCCCACUGGUGGAGUAUCCACGCUACGAUAAUAGUCAUCAACAUCGCCAUUCUCACAAUCAGGAAAUUUUUUCGGAUCUGUAUCAAGGGUAUCAAACCGCAAUCGAAGUGCCAUCGGUGCACUCAGCUGAGAUGUCGCGUACGCCGCUUGCUCACCAUCCGGAGCUGCUACCAUAUGAGGUGCGAUUGCCAGAACAGUAA